GAUUGCUACAUGGUCGCGGGGGGCCUUAUGACCCGGGACGCAGAGGGCUUCACUGCCGUACGGCAGGCCAUGCUGCGGGAGGCAUCUACGGUGCCCUUGCCCACGACAGGUGGCCAUGCCGUGCGCAUGCGCAUCGGUCUCCACUCCGGCCCCGUCAUGAGCGGAAUCGUGGGCGCCAAGAUGCCAAGGUUUUGCCUUUUUGGAGACACAGUGAACACGGCCAGCCGUAUGGAAAGUACUUGCAAGCCGGGCUGCAUCCACGUCAGCGCAGCCACGCGAGGUUGUCUCAGUCGUGAAUCCGUAAAGGGCAAGGGCCAGAUGCAGACAUUCCUAUGGCGACCG